UAUAGAGGCAAUUCCCUCCAUCAGAUCAACGGCCUGUGAUCGGCGGCCUGUGAUAGCCAUGUUAUUUGAACAGUCAUGGAGAGCAAAAGCAUCGGACAUAUCUUUAGGAGAAAUAUAUCUAUUCGACAGAAUGUCACCAUCCUGUUUACGCUAACUUAGUUACCCAGCUCCAUAUGGCCGAGGGUCGAUUUUGCCCUCGCAGCAAUCAGAUUCCACGCUCACUCAAUAAUAAUAACCUUUGGUGUAUUGGUGUCACGGGUGGGCUCGCCGGGACCAAGACGAAAAUGCCCUCUGUCUCGGGAUCCGUACCGUGCCGAGUCGUAGCCACUUUUCUUCAAAGUCAACUUUUUGCCUCGGGGAAAAAACCUGCCUGCCGCAGGUGUUGAACUCAUGCCGCUGCGGAUAAUUUCUUCGCAUGUUCGUUGAUAUACAGCUGAUAUAUGUUUCUGCUGUCUUUUUAUAUCUUGCUCCGUCUUUUAUCUACUCACUGACACAGCGUCAGCUUAAUGGAAAAUAUAUUGAAAGCUUGAGGUGAAUACCAGGCUUGGUUAUUGAGAAUCCCAGGUGCAAAUCGCCGAGACCUGGCUUGGGGUAUUUUUUUCAUCUCGCUGCCAACCAUUUCCUUUUUUAUUUUAUUUUCUGAUUGUUAAUUUUUGAAUCAUAAACCUGAUUCAUAGGUAAAAAAAACAGCAAUCAUGGCUUCAAUUGAGCAGGAAGAGCAGCAAUACCUGGCUGAUGUUCAGGCAGUUAAACAAUGGUGGCAGGAUUCGAGAUGGCGGUACACCAAGCGGCCGUUCACUGCCGAGCAAAUUGUGGCUAAGAGAGGAAACUUGAAGAUUGAAUAUCCAUCAAAUGUUCAGAGCAAAAAGCUAUGGAGACUCCUCGAGGAUCACUUCAAGAACAAAACUGCCAGUUUCACCUAUGGCUGCUUGGAACCUACUAUGCUUACCCAGAUGGUGAAAUAUCUCGACACCGUCUACGUCUCCGGCUGGCAGAGCUCUUCCACUGCAUCAUCAACCGAUGAGCCUUCCCCCGAUCUUGCUGAUUACCCCAUGAACACGGUACCCAACAAGGUCAACCAAUUAUGGAUGGCUCAGUUGUUCCACGAUCGCAAGCAGCGCGAGGAAAGAUUGAGGGCUUCUAAGUCGCAACGCGCAUCGCUUGCCAACAUCGAUUACCUCAGACCCAUCAUUGCGGAUGCCGAUACCGGCCAUGGAGGCUUAACCGCUGUCAUGAAGCUGACCAAGCUUUUCAUCGAACGCGGAGCUGCUGGUAUUCAUGUCGAGGAUCAAGCUCCCGGAACGAAGAAGUGUGGCCACAUGGCUGGCAAAGUCCUGGUGCCCAUUAGCGAGCACAUCAACAGACUUGUGGCCAUCCGUGCACAGGCUGAUAUUAUGGGAACCGAUCUCUUGGCUGUUGCCAGAACGGAUUCGGAAGCCGCAACCCUCAUCACCUCCACCAUCGAUCACCGGGAUCAUGCCUUCGUUAUCGGCUCCACGAACCCUAAUAUCAAGCCACUCAACGACCUGAUGAUGGCUGCUGAACAGGCCGGCAAGACUGGAGCCCAACUCCAGGAAAUCGAGGACAAAUGGAACGCCGAAGCCGGACUGAAACUUUUCUCCGAGGCCGUUGUUGAUCAAAUCAAGGCUAGCUCUGUCUCCAACAAGCAGGCAGUUAUCGACAAGUUCCUGCGUGAUGUCAAGGGCAAGAGCAACCAGGAGGCUCGCGCCAUCGCCAAGGAACUCACCGGAGUAGAUGUCUACUUCUGCUGGGAUGCGGCUAGAACCCGGGAAGGUUACUACCGUUACCGUGGCGGCACCCAGUGCGCUGUCAACCGUGCUGUAGCCUUUGCGCCUUUCGCCGAUCUCAUCUGGAUGGAGAGCAAGCUCCCCGACUACGCUCAGGCCAAGGAGUUCGCUGACGGGGUCCACGCCGUCUGGCCCGAACAGAAACUCGCGUACAACCUGUCCCCCUCAUUCAACUGGAAGGCUGCCAUGCCCUGUGACGAGCAGGAAACCUACAUCCGCCGCCUUGGCGAGCUCGGGUACUGCUGGCAGUUCAUCACCCUUGCCGGCCUGCAUACCACCGCUCUCAUCUCCGACCAGUUCGCCAAGGCGUAUGCCAUGCAGGGCAUGCGUGCGUACGGCGAGCUUGUCCAGGAGCCAGAGAUGGAGCUCGGGGUCGACGUUGUUACCCACCAGAAAUGGAGUGGUGCUAACUAUGUUGAUGAGCUGUUGAAGAUGGUCACUGGUGGUAUUAGCAGCACCAGCGCCAUGGGUGACGGUGUGACGGAGGAUCAGUUCAAAUAGAUCCAGCUAGGUAGGUUAGCGUGAUCUGAAGCGAGGCAUGUUUUUUUGUUUCUCAUUUGUCUUGUUAUAUGUCUCAGUACAGUACUGUCUCGCUUGAAGUCUAUAUAUAAAAUCUUUGAAAGAUUCUCUGGUAUCAUUUCUAUUUUCCUUGAAUGAAGAGACUAUAUAAUAUUGUGUAAUGGGCCUACGCCGAAGAGAUCGGCAUUAGAUAUAGGACUUAUAUAUAACAAAAGUAGAAAACGUUAGAGAAGGAAAGAAGAGAAGGUGCGAGGAUCGGCGAUCGGAGCGGAUAUUUAUACGCGUAUGAGGUGGAGCUUCGGGACGGGAGAAUAGGAGCUCCGUGGGUUUCUAGGAGUAUCGGCCGAGGAUCAGUGACCGAGAAUCGGAGCUUUCGGCAGGAAUCUAUGGAGGAUCGGCGACCGAGAAUCGGAGCUUUCGGCAGGGAUCUAUGGAGUGGUAAUGGAAUGGUCUACCAAUGAUCGGGCGUAGCGCGCUACAUUAGCCCCCCCCUUUCUGGAAGUGGUGUUUGAGUGAUAGAGCUGCGGGCGCGUAGUUCCCAUCAAUCAAGAGCUGCUGUUUCAGAUAGCACAGAGCUUGGGGUUCAGGUCAGGCAAUCAUAACCAACUCAUUUUACAAGAUAUUGUCAGCCGCGGCCGCGGGGCCUAUAUCUUCAAUCUCGCAUUCAAGUUUGUUGUCCUCUUCUAUGAUCCCUGGCAGUUGUCAGUCAGAAGUCAGUUGAGAAGGAAAUGAGUUGAUGACAGCACAGUGAAGCAAGCUUGUAUGAAAGAUAUUAUAAAUCUCUGACAGAGUGUUAAGAUAAUAGUUAUAACUGUCUAGAACUUCUAUUACUUUGUAUUUAUUUAACAUUAUAAUAGUUCAGUGUAUGAGAUGAGUAUAUAAUCUGUA